AUUGCUAAGGGUGUCAGUGUCAGUGUCACCACACCUUUGCAGCAUUGUGAGUCUUGUAUCAUCACCAAGCAUCCUUGUCAGCCUUAUCCUCCCUCUGAAGAGCCAAGAGCAGCACACAUGCUUGACCUCAUACACUCCGACCUAUGUGGCCCUCUCCCCAUCACUACACCUCACGGCAAGCUCCACUUCAUCGUUUUUCUCAAUAAC